AUGAUGGAAAAGGAACUCGAUGUGAUCACAAGCAACUCUCCACCAUCUGAGCCUGCCGCCAAGUUCGACAAGGCAUGCUCUUCCGUUGGGAAAUUCUUCAAGAAAAUCUCGAAUAAGCUCAAAGAUGGUGCCCGAUUUGUGGCUCGUCAUUUUGGUGUAUUCGAAAUUUGGGAAGCUUUUGCGAGAGAUGAUAAAUAUGGCACACAUCGAAACGUCGUCGAAACGAUCGCUCGUCUCAAUAUGGAGGGAGUCGGCGCUUGUACAGGAGCUGCGAUUGGUUUCGUGAUGGGAUCGCUGAUUUGUCCAGGCAUUGGCACAACAAUUGGAUGGUGUACUGGAGCUGUGACUGGGACUGUUGUCACAGGCUUUUUGGGCUCACGUGCAUUGAGCUGGGUGCUGGACAUGCUUAGGAUGGAUAUCGAAAAGCGACAGUGUGAUGGCUGCGAGGAGUUCUAUCACUAUCGAAAGUAUCGAGGAGGCAAAAACGCAUCGCAAUGCCCUAGCUGUGAGCCGCGUCCAUUCGUCAUCUCAAAGCUCAAAUUUCUCGUCAUCACUCUUUUUUCUAUCAUGACUUUGCUCAUUGGUGUUAGGGUU